UUUUGUCAACUUGACCUUAUAAACUCUUGACUAUGAGAUGGGAACAAAUUGAGACCAAAUCAAGAGAAGGAGAGAAGGUUGAAAGAGAACCAUUCGUUUGUGUUAACAUUUCACUGAUGUCCUGGCUGCAAGAAAACAUCUGAUUCUUCAAAGAGAUUAAAUCUGAGAAACAGUACAGUUACCGAGCCUGCAUUUCCACACCACUGCCUACUGAGGAAUCAUGGGACUAUUUGAAGUCUCCAUCGUCUUACUCCUGACACUCAUCACAAUGACCUCAGCUGAACCACCUGGAUGCAAGAUUCGUAUUACUGCCAGAGGCCUGAUGAUGUGUAAGACAUCUGACAAUACUCAUACUGUGAUCACAUGAUAGUUUGGUUCAACUUUUAGGAUUCAUUUCGUCCAUAUCUACACAAUCUUACUUGACACGUUUACACAAAGGUUUCGCUUACACCAUUCAGAGUUGACAGAUGAGAUUGAUUAGGCCAUAACCGUAUUAGUUCCUCAGUUGUAUCAGCUGCUACCCUGGACUAAAAAUUCUAAAUUUGGUAUGUAUCAUCUAGAUAUAUCCCUAACAAAAGUUAUCAAAAGAAAUGUCAUUAAUUUAAUUGUUUAUUAGUUAGAAGCCAAUAUGUUUUUUGGUGUGGCCCAUAAUGACUAAUUAGCCUGUAUUUAUGACCACAACAUCUAAACUUAACAGAACUUAGUACACAUGAACAACAUGACAUUCUGAGGGCGCAUGCCAAAUUUCAUUCAUUUUUGAUGUUAGGGGCGCUGUACAGUAACUGUUGUCAAAAAAUGGUAAAUGGUCUGCACUUAUAUAGCGCCUUUUUAACCUUAGCGGUAUUCAAAGUGCUAUACACUGUGUCUCACUCACCCAUUCAAAUACACACAUUCACACACCAAUGACGGCAACAGCUUGGGGUUCAGUGUCUUACCCAAGGACACUUCGGCAUGUGGAGUCCUGUGGGCCGGGAUUCGAAUCACCAACCCUGCAAUUAGUGGACAACCCACUCUACCACCUGAGCCACAGCCACCCCAAAAAAGUUGACAUUUGACACCAAAACAACUGUGUCCACCAGAUCUAUUCUUUCAUAUUUGGCUAUUUUGAAUGGAUUAGGAUGGCUAUAGGGCAGGAACUCUUAGAAUAAGGGAUGGAGAUGGGGAGGUGGAGGGAUGCCGAAAGGAUUGUCACCAGGGAAAGUGAAGUCCCAGACAAAGAAGUUUGUAGAAGAAGAGUUGAGUAACAUCACUAUGCCAGAGAUGAAUGGAUCCCAGGGCCGUUUCCAAUACACCAUCAAAGAUGUGAAGAUAACAGAGUUGGACCUGAACUCUGACCUACGAUUCCAGCCUGAUGUUGGGCUGCUCUUCGAGGUCCAGAACUCCUCCAUUACCCUCAACCUCCAGAGACGCAUCCUUUACUGGUUCUUAUAUGAUGAAGGAGCAAUCAACGCCUCAGCAGAAGGUGUUAAUAUCUUCACAGCUCUCCAUCUAAGCAGAGACCAGGAGGGCCGUCUGAAGAUCUCUAAUAUCACUUGUGAUGCAGCCAUCGCCAAGAUGAAUGCCAAAUUUAGUGGGACCCUUGGGAAGGUUUACGACUUCAUCGGAGCGUUCCUGACUACUGGAAUGCGCUUCGUCUUAAAUAAACGGAUUUGCCCUGCCUUGGAUCAUGCAGCACUGGUUUUGGUUAACCAAUUCCUGGAAACCAUCCCAGUCCGCACACAGGUGAACCGUUACAUUGGAAUCGAUUACUCACUGUUGAGUGACCCUGUAGUGACAGAAAGCAGUCUUGAUAUGGAUUUUAGGGGAAUGUUUUAUGAUCUUAAAAACGAGAAUGAUACCAUAGUGAACUACGCAGUGAAUCCCGUCAUGAGUGAGUAUGACCGUAUGAUCUAUCUAGGACUAUCUGAGUAUUUCUUCGACAGUGGACUCUACUCUUACUACAAAGGUGGACUGUUCCAAAUGCAGAUAGCAAAUGGACGGAUGUCAAAGGAUUUGGAGAUGCUCCUCAGAGCUACCUACUUUGGUACAAUCAUGAUGCUGAACCCGGCUCUAAUGGAUCAUCCUCUGUCGUUGGAGAUAGAAGUCACCGCUCCCCCUCAAUCCACCAUCAAGACCUCCGGUGCCAGUAUGGCCGUCAACGCUAAUGUCAAAAUUUUUGUUCUGCCACCUGGAAAAACACCAGUCCAGCUCAGCAGCAUGACCAUGGAAGCCAAAUUUAAUGCGAAAGUGUCAAUGAAGGGCAAGAACCUGGCCAUCCAUUUAGAUCUGAGAAGGUUCAAAAUCUUCUCCACUCAAUCUGCUUUAGAGUCUUUAGCCCUGAUUCCCCUACAAGGUCCCCUGAAGACUAUGUUGCAGAUAUCUGUGGUGCCACUCCUUAACAAUUACACCAAGCAAGGUGUACAGAUCCCUCUACCAGAUGGGAUGGACUUCAUUGAAGAGGUGGUCGAGUAUCACAAUGGCUACAUCAUCGUGGGUGCAAAUCUACAUUUCAGAUCAGGUCUGAGAGAAAUAAUCGGGUUACACCGAUAACAGGAGCGAAAGAGCCACAUGAACAUUACCGCAUGCGUUCACAAUACAUACGCACAGAUCUUGAAGUUGGGAGCAACGAGAUUCACGUUCUAAAAUGAAUGGACUAACCUAACAAAAGCUUGAUAUUUGUGAACAAUUAUUUUUGUUUUUGUAAUUCAACAUCCUGUUUUACUUUGAGAUACAGGUACGUCACAUUAUGGGUUGUUAUGCAGUCUCUCGUUGACUUUAAAAUUAUUUGUAUUACUGUGGUAUUGAGUGUGCACAUAUUCGAUAUUUUGAUUUUAUUUUUAAAUUUUAUGACCUUAUGUUGAAUAGUUUAUUUAUGAUGAAAUCAAUUUCUGACUCCAAAUAUACACACACACACACACACACACACACACACACACACACACACACACACACACACACA